GCUCGUGUCCCCGAUCGCUCUGUUUUGUGCCCCCCGCCCCCGCCCGCGGGCCACAAAUGUCCGCGAGCCCAAGAAGUCAGGCGCGAGCCUGGGUCUUUCAACUCGUCCUCGUCUGCGCGCUUUAGCUGGCAGCGGCUGCAGGGCCGGGCGCGCACGCCGCGGGAGAGCCGGCAGGGCUCGGGGGGUUUCUGGGGACGCGGCAGCUCCUCGUUAGCAGCCUUUCCUCCUCCUCCCUCUGAAUCCGGGGCGACCCCCCCGCGCCUCGCCGCGUCUCCCCGGGCGCGUGUGGGGAGCGGGAGCGGGGCGCCGAGCGCACUCCGGCUGCCUCUCCCGGGAGGACCGACCCGGCGCUGCCCGUCCUCCGUGUCGGCGCGGCUCGUUGCCGGCAGUGCCGGGCGGAGAGGCGGGAGGGCUCCCCGCUAUGGCCCGCCGCGCCUCUCCCCGCGCCUCCCCGGCAGGACGCAGCGGGGCCGGCUCGGGCCAGCCCGCGACUUAACCCCGCCAGGGCUGGGCUGGGCCGGGCCGGGCCGGGCCGGCCCCUCCUGAACUUCCCGGCUCCGGCGGCAGCGCGCGCGGCGCGGAGCGCGGGCCAGUCCCCUCCGACCGCCGCCGCCGCCGCGGGGCUGAGCUGGAAGUUGCGGGAGGACAAAGCAACGCGGAGCCGGUCCGGAGGCAUCGCCGAGGCGCCUCUCCCGCCCGCCCGCGCGAGCGCAGCCCCUGGAGCCGCGGCGCUGCGCUGCGCUCCCGCCCGCCCGCUCGGAGCCAUGGCCCGGCUCGGGGGCAGCCGCUGGGCCGCGGGGCUGCUCUUCGUCCUGCAGUGCCUCGCCGAGCGCGGCCAGCCGCCGCCGCCGCCAGGGGUGUUUUAUCAUGUUGUUCAGAGCUUUCCUCAAGUGGAUGAAAAUGUUCGAGUGGAUUCACAUGUAUACAGCCACAGGUGGAAAAGGCACUCGGAGUCUCUUAAAUCAGUCAGUACGAACAGAGCCAGCAUGGGGCAGGAUUCCUUAGAGCCCGGGGGCUUCACAGACUUGCUACUUGAAGAUGGACAUGACAAUACCACAGACAUUGAGGAGGAUACGGAUCAUAAUUACUAUACCUCGAGAACUUAUGGCCCAUUUGAAUCUACCAGCCGAGAUUUGUGGGUGAACAUAGACCAAAUGGAAAAAGACAAAGUAAAAAUCCAUGGGAUUCUCUCCAAUACUCAUCGACAAGCAGCAAGAGUGAAUCUGUCUUUCGAUUUUCCAUUUUAUGGCCAUUUUCUACGUGAAAUUACUGUGGCAACUGGGGGUUUCAUAUAUACUGGAGAAGUUGUUCAUCGAAUGCUCACAGCCACACAAUACAUUGCACCUCUAAUGGCAAAUUUUGACCCCAGUGUAUCAAGAAAUUCAACAGUCAGGUACUUUGAUAAUGGCACAGCACUGGUUGUCCAGUGGGAUCAUGUACAUCUCCAGGAUAAUUACAGCCUGGGCAGUUUCACUUUUCAGGCUACACUUCUCAAUGAUGGGCGUAUCAUUUUUGGAUAUAAAGAAAUUCCUGUCUCAGUGACACAGAUCAGUUCAGCCAACCACCCAGUGAAAGUGGGACUCUCGGAUGCGUUUGUGGUGGUGCAUAGGAUUCAGCAAAUUCCCAAUGUCCGUAGAAGAACGAUUUAUGAGUACCACAGGGUUGAGCUACAGAUGUCAAAGAUUACUAAUCUAUCAGCUGUUGAGAUGAUACCUCUACCCACCUGUCUCCAAUUUAACAGCUGUGGCCCAUGUGUCACUGCCCAGAUCGGCUUCAACUGCAGCUGGUGUAAUAAACUCCAAAGAUGUUCCAGUGGAUUUGAUCGUCACCGGCAAGACUGGGUAGACAGUGGCUGCCCUGAAGAGUCAAAAGAUAAGAUUUGUGAAAAGAACAUAGGCACAACUGAGAUACCGCCUCACACUACCACUGCCAUGCAACCAACCACUACGAAGUUCAGAGUUUUAACCACCACCAGAGGAUCCACAGCAUCCCAUCUACCAACAAGCCUGCCCACAGAAGAUGAUACCAAGAUAGCUUUGCACCUAAAGGAUAAUGGAGCCUCUACAGAUGAUAGCGCUGCAGAAAAGAAAGGUGGAACUCUUCAUGCUGGUUUAAUUGUUGGAAUUCUAAUAUUGGUCCUCAUUGUAGCAGCAGCCAUCCUGGUGACUGCCUAUAUGUACCAUCAUCCGACAUCAGCAGCUAGUCUCUUCUUUAUUGAGCGUCGUCCAAGCAGAUGGCCUGCCAUGAAGUUUCGAAGAGGCUCUGGACACCCUGCCUAUGCUGAAGUGGAACCAGUUGGAGAAAAAGAAGGCUUCAUUGUAUCAGAGCAAUGCUAAAAUUUCUAGGACAGAGCACCAGUACUGGCCUACAGGUGUAAGACAUUUACAUUGCCUCUCUUUAAAGAAAAGGACCACUAGACUGCUCUAGCCUGGUAGAAAGACGUUUUUUGGAUAAGCCUUUUCCAAGAAGAAAAAAUAAUCUAUGAUACCAGAUUCCACUGCACAGAAGGUUCCCGUAGUGGAAUGAGGUACAGUAGUUCAUUCAGAACUUGCUGAGUGGCACCCUUGGUAUCAGAACUAUGGCACAGCUGCUGUUCUACUGGCUUAGGCAUGGGGUUGCUUAGGAAACCAGAUAAUACUAUAAAGCUUUUGGUGCACAAGGGUAUGACCCUUUUGUUCAAGUGUUCUUCUCUGGUGUCUCAAAAAUAAACUGAGUUACAAAUGAGCAGCCCUUUCAUACAAAGAGUAAUGAUUCCUGUUCACAAGGUUGCUGAGAAAAAUGAAUUCAAUGCAGGUUAAAAAAAAAAGCAAUUUUCUAUACUUCUACAAGUGAAUGUGGAAAUAGUUUUGAUUUUUCAAUGCUAAACUAGCAUAACCAAGUGAGUGACUGAGUUACAGUAAGUUGUAUGUUCUUUCCAAGAGUAGUAGAAUGUUUCUUGUACUUUGUUGGUUAAUAUCCUUUAAACAAGUCAUGAAAAAGAAUCUUAAUGUUAACACAAGCUGGUAAGAAACAAAAUAACAAGGAGUUUUCACUAUGGUGAAAUUAGGCUUUCUUAUCAGAGUUCACGGUGAAAUUGGGCUAAUUUUCAGUUUCAAUAUUCACUAAAAAUUAAGCAUUGGGUUUGUUUGAAGGGAUGUCCCUUGCAUUUUCGUGCAGAGGGUUGAGAUGAAGGCAACAGAUAUUUUGGCUGAUGAUGGAAGAAAUCAACAUGGAAUAUUUCUCAGGCAAUGCAAUGAGAAAAUGUUGAGAUUUUAAACAAAUAGGUUUUUAUCCUUUGCCAUUUCAUUGCGAGUCUUUCCUGAGAAGCAUUGCAAGAGAUACAAAAUCAAAGUCUUAUUACAGAACCCUGCUGAGUCAUACAGUGAUUUUGUUUAAUGCACAUAGUAGUUGCAUAAAUAUAUAUAUAAAUAUAUUUUUUUUAUAGCUAACACAAGGCAGGCUCUUGUGACUGUUAACACUGCAUUUUUGUCAUCCAGACGAAGGAAACGGAUUGCAUUACUGCAUAUUUCCACUGAGUUGUAAAAUAAUUCUUCAUAUUAGAAUAUUUUUAUGUUGCCUAGGGAAGGUGGUUGGUUUAGUUGCAGUGCUAUCACUUUUCUGCCUAGGGAACCAUCUUUUCUUUAUUAUAUCAACCCUUUUCUUCACUGACCAGGGAAAGACAAGAUUAUAAAUUCCCCAGUGAAAAAUAGAGAUAUUCAUUUGGGUGGAAGAUCUGAGGCCCAGAUCUUCAGGAGAAGUUAGGCACUUAAUACCUUGAGGAUGUGUGCCUAGCCUACUCAAAUUUUAAAUUCAGGUAUUGUAUGUACAUUUCAUUGUGGUCUUUGACUAUCAGAUCUUUUACAUACUGUACAAACAGAGUCAUUUGAAUCAUUCUUAUGCAUAGUAUUCAACAUUUGCAGUUUCAGGUCUCAAGUAGUUUAGACACCUUGUAGGUACCACCUUAAAAUGCAGUUAUUUACAUUUCCUGUUGAUGCUUGUAUGGUCUAAAUUUGAUUACUUAUUUCUGUUUUAAAAAAUAACAUAAUUUCUACUUGUUAUUUUCUUCAGUAAAUAAUACAAUACUGUAUUUUCUGUAUUCAUUCUUUAUUCUGUGUAAUACAUUUUUUUGUCUGCUUUACAGCAUCCCUUGUGAGAUUUGAAAUGUUCAAAACAUAGCUAGAAUUAAUUUGAAGCUACUAACCACCAUGUCUUGAGGUCUGGUGAAAUACCUGCAGCAAUCACUCUUCAAUUUGUAUGGCUCUGUCAAUCCCUGUUUCUAAUAGGGAGGGAUUAAAUUGCAGGCUGGUAAUUCAGAUAGCAAUAACCAAAUGUAUUCACAUAUAUAUCUGAUUACACUUAUUUUAAAAAAGAUGACGGUGCACAGAAUUUAAAAAAAAAAACUUUGGCGAUCUGAGGCUUGCUAUCCGUUUCUCUGGGUUGUUCAAGGUAGACGGAAAAUUUAGGUUUGAUUGCUUUAAUAAAUAGGAUUGAUUCGUCUAAUAAAACAAUUAAAGAAUUUUUGCUUGGAAUUUUUGAAGCAUGGUCUGCUGUCCCUUUGCCAAUUAAAAUGCAUUUUAUUCUACAGCACAUUCAAUCAGUAUAUAAAUAUUAAUUUUACAAAAAGGCAUCUGUAUAAUGUUGCAAUAUAUUUGAUUAAUAUUAAUGCUCACACAAGGAAGGGCUACUCAUUAUGGGUUUGCAAGUUCAGACCUUGACUCUGAGAGAGGAAAAAAACUGGAUCCAGUCAUACACAGUUGAUGUCAUGCAUAGAACCAAUUGGUCAGUUAAGUGCUUAAAUGAGACAUAAGGCAGAAUUUAAGAACCUAAGUCAUGGAAAGCAAUCCAGAUCAACUCUACUUCACCUUCUUAGGCACCUCCAUUUGACCUUAAAAAAUCCCUAGGCGCUUAAACUUCAGCUCCUGAACAUGCUCAGAUAUCAUCCAGUUCAAAAAACUAAAUACCGCAUAAGUGCCACUGUGAUCCAGGUAGAAGGAACCUAUAUUACUAAAUGGACCGAUCCAUUAGGCACCAUAAAGUACAUCUAACUCAGGCCAGCAGAACUGAGUCAGUCACUCUUACUAGAAAACAUGGUAGCUGUGUUGCCCUUUCCUUUAGUUAAAGGAAGUCAGAGACUUGGGUUCUAGGCCAUCCCAGUUUUAGGGUUAUAAACACAUCUUUUGCCUCCUAGGAGGGUACCUUAUCCCCCAAGUUAUUAGAAAAAGUCAGGUGGGAAGCAUCCCUCCCCCCAUUCUUCCUGCUGAAAAUAGGCCAUUUGACAUGCAAGAGUACAAGGGUCAUGGGGGCCAGGAGAAGAGGAAACAGGAGGGAACACGUAUGACUGCAGCCCAGUGAUGAGAGCACUUCCUGGGAUGGGAACACCAAGGUUCUAAUCCCCGCUCCCAGGACUGCUUAUGAUUUUUACUUUAGACAGUCUUUGGCUUUAAAAACCAAAAAUAAUCCUGGUAGCCAGCUGGCAGCCUUUAUCACGGAACUGCAGCCAUUCUCCUGCUUCCUCACUGUCUUUCAUGCAUGCUGGCCUGGGCUGUAGGCCACGGGGAGUAAAGUGUAGCACACAUUUUUUUAGCCUUUGCAACUCAAAAUGGGCGGGGGGGGCAGAGAAUCUGGAUCUGGCCCAGAGUUAACAGUGAAGCUGUCAGAAUAUUUGUCAUGUUUGACCACAAUAAUUUUCAUAUGCAAUAUUUUUUUCUUUGUCUCCCCCCCCCCCCCCCCCCCCCCCCCCAAAGCUGGAUGAAAAAUGUAUGUGUUCAGAAAUAUUCAUUUUGUAACAGUCCUUAAAAUCAUCAAGAAUCAUUUUUUUCACUCUUUGCCCAUCUUUUAGAAAUUCAUGGCAGUUUUCACUUAAUAAAGGACACGUAAGAAAUAUCUUAAUUUACUUGAUUUGACCUUCCUAUACUAUUACAUACUUCGGAAAUAUGCCAUGAUAAGUUACUGAAUUUAUUUAAACAACCAACAGGCAUAUUUCUGUCAACAGAUAAAGUGACCCCCGCCAGAUUAUUGUACCAAAAAAUGUUAAGUGACACAACCAUCUGUAACUGGUGAUGCGGUGGCGGAGUGUGUCCGCAGUCUGACCCACCAUGCGAGCGGCGCGUGAUCACAAUGUUAAGUAGGGCAUGAUCACCUGUGGUCUAGCCAACCAAAGACCACCUAAUGGACAUGGCUGGCCAGCAUGUCCAUGUGUUCCAGAACUUACCAUCAGGGGAGCUUUUUGAUUGGCUAAAAAUUUUAUAUAGGGGACCGCACGCCUUGGUGAGGGGUCCCCGGGCUCCGACUCUCGAGACAGACUGAUCACCUGUCUUGGGGCCUGGUCAGACCCCUAGGUCAGCAGCAGAAGCUGCUCUAGUUGCUCCGAGCGCCAUAGCUUACUGCCUCGCAAAUCCGGAACGUCCUGUACCUUGUCCUAGCCAGACAUUGUACUUGUAUCGUACUUAUACUGCGGUCUUCACCCGUCACCCGUCGCUUGUCCGUCAUCUGUAUUCCCUUGCUGUUGUAUAUAGUUUAUCAUCUGUAUCGUUCUCCAAGUCGUAUCACCCACCAAGUUAUUUCGACCUACCAUUCGACUGUUGUGUAAGUAAACAUCAAGCUUUAUUUCA